CGGUAGUCGACUAUUUACUAUUUAUUUAUGUAUUAUAAAUUAAUUAAUUUUUUUAAGUAUAUAUAAACGGAAUAAAAAUGUCAAACCUUGUGAUAAAUCAACUAACGCACCCGCAGCGCGUGCGCUUGCUCUACAAAACCAUUCUGCGAUUGCAUCGAGGAAUGCCCACAGAACUGCGAGCUCUGGGCGAUGGCUAUGUGCGGGACGAAUUCAAGCGACAUCUCAAGUGCAAUCCCAUGGAGGCGCAGCUCUUUAUGACUGAAUGGGCCCGCUAUGCCUCAACAAUUACGAAGCAGCUGGGACUGCGGGGCAAGCCGAAGGGAGAGUUGGGCGAGGAAAUUGAUCCCAAUGCAGUGGAAAUGCUGAAAGAUGACCAGGUGGUGCAGCUCUAUGAGCUCAUGCUUGCUGCCAAGGGACUGGAGGGCGAUACAAUCACGGCAGACGAUGUGCGCGGCAGCAGUAAAAGCAAAUAAAUCGGUUUAUUAUUCUAUUUUUUGCAACA